GACUCAUUUUCUAUUUGCCGAGGUCGGCCUAUGAUGCUUCUGAGAUCACCCUAUGACGGCAAAAAUAUGAGUUUUGCCAUUCUUCUACUAAUUAUUUGUGCGAAACUAACUAAGGUCGACCUGUUGUGAUUUUGAGAUCGACCUAAUCUGUUUCGCACUCAACAUUGAAAGCAUUUGGGCAAUUCAGACUCGUUCUCUAUUUGCUAAGGUCGACCUAUGAUGUUUCUGAGGUCGACCUAUGACGGCAAAAUACGAGUUUUGCCAUUCUUCUACGAAUUAUUUGUGCGAAACUAACUAAGAUCGGCCUGUUGUGAUUUUGAGGUCGACCUAAUCUAUUUCACACUCAACAUUUAAAGCAUAUGGGCCAUUCAGACUCAUUUUCUAUUUGCCGAGGUCGACCUAUGAUGCUUCUGAGGUCGACCUAUGACGACAAAAAUACGAGUUUUGCCAUUCUCCUACGAAUUAUUUGUGCGAAACUAACUGAGGUCGACCUGUUGUAAUUUUGAGGUCGACCGAAUCUGUUUCGCACUCAACAUUUAAGGCAUUUGGGCCAUUCAGACUCAUUUUCUAUUUGCUGAGGUCGACCUAUGAUGCUUCUGAGGUCGACCUAUGACGGCAAAAAUACGUUUUUUGCCAUUCUCUUACGAAUUAUUUGUGCGAAACUAACUGUGGUCGACCUGUUGUAAUUUUGAGGUCGACCUAAUCUGUUUCGUACUCAACAUUUAAAGCAUUUGGGACAUUCAGACUCGUUUUCUAUUUGCCGAGGUCGACCUAUGAAUUAUGAUGCUUCUGAGGUUGACCUAUGACGGCAAAAAUACGAGUUUUGUCAUUCUCCUACGAAUUAUUUGUGUGAAACUAACUGAGGUCGACCUGUUGUGAUUUUGAGGUCGACCUAAUCUGUUUCAAACUCAACAUUUUAAGCAUUUGGGCCAUUCAGACUCGUUUUCUAUUUGCCGAGGUCGACCUAUGAUGUUUCUGAGGUCGACCUUUGACGGUUUUUACGAGUUUUAGCCCUCUUGUUCGACCAAUAUUUGUGCAUAAUUAGAUGAGGCCGACCUAUGAUUCAUUUGAGGUCGACCUAUGUUUUUUUUACUCCAAUUGUUACGGGUUUGGGUCGACCCAUUCUCAUUUUUAAUUAACUGAGGUCGACAGUUUCUGAUUGGGAGGUUGACCUAUGAUGUUUUGCACUCUAAUUUUGUCCAUCUUCGAACCAUAUUUGUGCUUGAUUUUCUGUGUUCGACAAUUGGCGUGUAUAGGUCGACCUAUGAUGUUUUAGAGGUCGACCUAACAUUGUUUUGUUUUAUGUGUACGUGCAGUUUUAGGUCGACCACUUUAUGGAGUGGUCGACCGAGUUUUGUUCAUUUCGAAAAUGUGACUAACGUGUAUUCUCGCUUGUUUGAUCGCAGGAUGUUUGGCAACAAAAAGAAAAGAAAGUCAUAAAAAGCUGCUGCCUCAAGUUUGGAAUGGGAAGAGUUCAAUGCCACUCUGUUCCAGACCAAGGAGCAAAGUAACAACUUUGAAGAGAGGAGAAUGCAUAACUGCAGAGUGGCUCCUGGAAGGCCAUUGACGACGAAUGCGUAUUCUCAUUUCGAGAAUUACGGGUUUCUAGGAUCCUUUGUCGAGCAAGAGUGGCUGAAGGUGAUAUCUCUGAAUGUACCAUACUACCCAAAAAUGGUACAGUACUUCUACAACAACAUCGUCUACCAGCGUAAUGCAAAUGGAUCCAUUCAUGCAUUUAAAACCUAUGUGAAUGGGGUGGAGAUGCGCAUCAGCAAGAAUGUGUUGGCGCAAGUACUAGAGGCUCCAAACGAGGGGAAGAGAAUCAAUUCUUACACUGCUUGGAAUGAAACUCAUUUCUCGAGAACCAAGCAAAUCCAGAUGGUAUGUGGUCUUGAUGAAGAGGAAGAUGCUCAGGGUCGCAGUAGGUCAACGAGUAACCACCUGACAGUUCAAGCCAGAGUUCUUCGCAACAUGCUUUCCUACAACAUUCUACCAAAGGGUGGACAUCGGGAGACAAUCACCUACUUCGACAUGGAGCUCCUCACCAACCUACUAUUAGACGAGAAGGUGAACUUGACAUACUUGAUCUUUAACCACAUGCUUACUGCUGCAGAGAGUUCAAACCGAAAUCUUCCCUAUGGGAUGAUCCUGACUUUGCUAUUUGAGCAUUUUUCAUGUGGAUUUAAGUGGCGAGGUGGGGUUAAGAAUCUCAAGGCAGGAGUUCUAUACAGUUUCAUCUAUGAAAAAGAUGGCCAUUGAGUUGCGUAAUGGUGAGUAAGUCCGAAUAAACAAUGCUCAUGGUGCCCAUGAUGGUGAUGGUGAUGAAGGAGCCGGAGACGAGCCAAUGUCGUAGGCACAGAGUUCAACUCCACCGGUCACCUUAGAGCGUGUGUGGGAGCACAUGGAAGGCAUGUACGAGUACAUGGGCCAGAUGUCCAGCCAGAUGACUGGCAUGUAUGACUACAUGGGGAAAAUGGGCUCCCAGAUGAGCACAAUGCAGGUGACCGUGAAUGAGAUGCGAGAUGAGUGGCGAUCUUUCAGUGGAAGAUACAUGCAUCCCACCACAUCCGACCACCAUCAUGCUAGCAACACCAAUGAAGAAAAUGUGGGUGAGGGAGAGAGGGGACAUGAGUAGGAACUCGAAGAUUUUAGAUUGUGUGUUUUUAUUGUUAAGUGGUCAAAAUGAUUGUUGAUUGUUAUUCUGUUGUUUUAGUUUUUUUUUUUUAUGUGCGAACAAUUGUGAUUUCUGUUUUAUUGUAUUUCUUGUUAGUUUGUUUAGUUGUUAUGCUAUAAAGUGAUGAGUCCUUGUUAUCAUUAUUUAUGACUAGUUAUGAUGGUUUGAAACAUAAUUUGUACGAGCAAAAGAACCACACAAAUCGACAUACAUAAGCAAAAAAGACACGGGGCAUAGGUUGACUUUCUUGUAUUCGGUCGACCUCGUACCGGAUUAGGUCGACCUCGAAACCAAUACUUGAUCUUCAUUUUACGUCAAAUGAUUGGACAAAUUGAUAGAACACUUAUCUUCUAUCUGGUCGACCUCUUUUUUUAUCUGGUCGACCAUGUUGUUAAUGACUCCCAUCAAGUGGUCGACCUAUAUACCUUUACGGUCGACCAUGUUGUUUCUAACACCAACGAAAUGGUUGACCGAGGUUUUAUUGUGGUCUACCAAAAAUAACAACUUAAACUAAGGACGGUCGACCGGAUGGUCUUUCAGGUCGACCGCGAUGCUUUCUCGUGCUGCCCAAAUUAGUCAAUUCGGUCGACCUCUUUCAGGAUUAGGUCGACCGAAAAAUGCAUGUUAUGGUGACAUGCAUGUCAUAGUAGGCAUACCCUGAAUAUUAUAUCGUAGAAAUAAUUUUUUCAUUUAUAGUUUGUGUGUUUUAGUGAAAUUAGCCCAUAAAAAACUCUAAACAUGUUAAGACAUGAUAUUUUGUAAGAUUUUUAAAUUAACCGAAUAUGAGUAACAUAACAACCACGUAAACUAGUCUCGGAUGAGUAACAAAAUUUAUAAAAGAUU